AUGUUCCGACAUCUAUACAUCAGUCUUCUCUGCAUCGCCGUCUUCACAUCCGGGCCAAUCGAGGCUCGUCGAGCUACAGCCGGUGGCGGUUCCCUCUCCGGAGGUGGCGGUGGAUCCAACUUUGGUUCCCGUGGAUCAAGUGGAUCUCGAACAGGAGUACAACAAGGUGGUGGAUUCAAUGGACAACAAGGAGGAUUCAAUGGUGGAAACCAAGGUGGAUUUCAUCCAAAUCAAGGAGGAGGAUUCAAUCAGCCACGUCCAAACAAUAACUUCAACAAUCAAGGAGGAUUCCAUCCAAAUCCAAAUCAAGGAGGAUUCCACCCGAAUCAAGGAGGAUUCAAUCAGGGAGGAUUCCGUCCUGGAACUGGUCUCGGAUCCCAAUCGAGCAGUGGAACAUUCAAAAAGGCUCUCAUCGGUGGAGCUCUCGGAGCAGCCGGAGGAAUUCUCGCUUAUGAAGCUGGAAAAGCCAUCAUCAAGUCAGCUACCGAACCAUUCAACUACAACGGAAGAAACUAUAAUUGGGAUAAUCAUGGACAAGUCAAGAAUGGAGAAUUCCAGUGCUCCAUGCCAUUGAAUCAAUUGACUCAACAGCAAUCCACAACUACCUCGACGACGACGACAACGACCACCGGAGCUCCAGAUGCCUCCACCACAGUGAACCCAGUCUCCACGACACCAACUCCAGAUCAAGUCUUGCAAAAUAUCCAAUACCCCGACGGAUCCCGACCAAAAACGAUCGUCUGGGCGUGCAAACAAGGACGUGAAGUGUGUUGUGGAACCGAUUGUUGCCCAGCUCCAAUUCAGAAUCAGAACAACGGAGGAGCCGGCGGAAGUCAUGGAAGCACUGGAAGCUCUGCUGGAACCAUCGCUCUCGUUGUCCUCCUGAUCCUCCUCCUCUUGUGUUGUGGUUGUUGCAUUGGAGCGUACUUCUGUUGUCGUUCAAUCUUCGAUUGUGGAGAUGAUAAGCACGAUAAUCAACAAUAUCAUGGUGAGUGA